UCUCAAAAUGGCCAUUAGAAAACCAAACAAGCUUUCCCAAACUACAGUCCUCAAACAAAUCCUCAAGAGGUGUUCAAGCUUAGGAAAGAAAAACGGCUAUGACGAUGAUGGUCUCCCUCUUGAUGUCCCCAAAGGCCAUUUUCCUGUUUACGUUGGAGAAAACAGAAGUAGAUACAUUGUUCCUAUCUCGUUCCUCACCCACCCCCAGUUUCAAUCCCUCCUUCGACAAGCUGAAGAAGAAUUUGGCUUCGAUCACGAUAUGGGUCUCACUAUUCCUUGUGAAGAAGUUGUUUUCCGUUCUCUAACAUCCAUGCUCAGAUGAACAAAGGACUAGUUCGAAUAUGUUUCUGCUAGAGUCAAGAAGGGAAGGUGCCAAGACGAAGCAUCUUUAGUUUUGCUUCUCUUUUUUUAACUUCUCUCUUCA